CAGUGCAUGGAGGCAGCUCGGGGGCUCCCUCUUGACCGUCUCCGAAUCAUUUUGCUCCCACACUUUUCUCCCUGGAAAAGCUGCCCAAGGGUUCUCCCUGGGGCUUUCUGAAAGGGACUGCAGGCGUCAGCCGGUAGCACUGAUUUUUUUUUCUUCUCUAGCAUCUAGAGAGGGGGCUGAGCUGUCUCCCGGAGGAGGCUCUGGGAGGAGAGGAGAGAGCAGCUGCUGUGGCAAAAAGGGGACAUGCACAGGCUUCCCAGGCAGCAAAACUAGCGCACAGCCCUGCCCAGCCUGGCGUCCUCAGCGCGUGGAGCGCGCUGCACGCUCGAGGCAAGUUUGCUGGGAGUGUCCCUGGUCUCCACCGACCCUGCAAAUUCUCCAGUUUGCCAACUGAUGCUUCCCUCGCAGCUCUGAAGUCAAAGUAUCCGCCGUCGCAGCACAGAGCCGAGAGGCUGGCUGGCGGUGCACUGUGGUCUGGGGGGAGCCCAGCCAGGCAAAUGCCAGGAUCAGCAUGAGAGGCUGGACCUUGGCCCAGGUCUGUCCUCACUCCGGGGGGCCGCCGGCUUCGCACCGCGAGUCUGCGAGGAGGAGCCGCUCACUUUUCCCCCUUGCAAGUCUUUGUUGCAAGCCAGACGUUGCUGGAGUCUCUAAUUAACUCCCUCCGCUCCGAAGGGGUCCGGAGGCUGGGAUGCUCUGCCUGCUUAGACGAUGUUGACUCUCGAGUGGGAGUCCGAAGGACUGCAAACAGUGGGUAUUGUUGUGAUUAUAUGUGCGUCUCUGAAGCUGCUUCAUUUGCUGGGACUGAUUGAUUUUUCAGAAGACAGCGUGGAAGAUGAGCUGGAGAUGGCCACCGUCAGACAUCGACCCGAGGCCCUUGAGCUUCUGGAAGCCCAGAGCAAAUUUACUAAGAAAGAGCUUCAGAUUCUUUACAGAGGAUUUAAGAAUGAAUGCCCCAGUGGUGUUGUUAAUGAAGAAACCUUCAAAGAGAUUUACUCACAGUUCUUUCCACAGGGAGACUCUACAACAUAUGCACAUUUUCUGUUCAAUGCAUUUGAUACAGACCACAAUGGAGCUGUGAGUUUUGAGGAUUUCAUCAAAGGUCUUUCCAUUUUGCUCCGGGGGACAGUUCAAGAAAAACUCAACUGGGCAUUUAAUUUGUAUGACAUAAAUAAAGAUGGCUACAUCACUAAAGAAGAAAUGCUUGAUAUAAUGAAAGCAAUAUAUGAUAUGAUGGGCAAAUGCACAUAUCCUGUCCUCAAAGAAGAUGCCCCCAGACAACACGUCGAGACAUUUUUCCAGAAAAUGGACAAAAAUAAAGACGGGGUUGUUACCAUUGAUGAGUUCAUUGAAAGUUGCCAAAAAGAUGAAAACAUAAUGCGCUCCAUGCAACUCUUUGAAAAUGUGAUUUAACUUUCAAAUAGAUCCUCAACUGAACAGACAAAUGUGAACUAUCUCACCACACAAAGCUGGAGCUAACCACUUUUAGCAUAGAUUGCUCAGCUUUUACACUGAGGCAUAUUAUGCAAACAAGCUUUGUUUUACUAUAAAGCAGUUCCCAAAAGAUUUAAGUUUUCCAGUUAUAAAUUUGCAUCCUUUUCAUAAUGUCACUGAGUUCAUGGGAUGUUCUAACUCAUUUCUUACUCCGUGAAUAUUCAAAAGUAAUAGAAUCUGGCAUAUAGUUUUAUUUAUUCUUUAGCCAUGGGAUUAUUGAGGCUUUCACAUAUCAGUGAUUUUAACAUACUAGUGUUUUUUGCUACUCACUUGUAUGUAUUCAGUCCUAGGAUUUUAAAUGGUUUUCUAAAAUAGACAUCUGCAUUUAAUUUCCAAAAUUAUAUUUAUUUUCAUGUUUGUAUGCUGUAAUCCCACGUAUAUAUGUUAGGUCAAGAAAACUAUAAAAACUAAACACAUAGUCCCAAUUUCUAUGGAUUUGCUGCUUUCUGUUAAAGACAUUAUCUGGCAUUUUUUAUAACAUUUAACAAAUUAGUUUAUUACCAGAUGUCAGCAUAUGCCUAACAAAAUUUAUUUUAAUAAGCAUUUAAUUUUCCAUAAUACACAUUACAGCCAAGGCCUACGUAAUGUAUAUAAUUUCAGAUCUGUUUAGUCUUAUGGGAUGUUUUCUAUUGUGUCAUUACGUGGAAGUUCAAGGAGGUGUGAAACAAUGUAAGGAUGUUUACAGACAUAUGCAAAGGGUCAGGAUAUCUGUCCUCCAGUACAUGGUAAUUAAUGUUUAAUAACAAGGGGUCCUUAACAUCACUAAGUCCAAAUCCAUCCCCUUUUCCCCCAACCUUCUCAUAGCAAGUUCACAUUGCAGCCAUUUAGGGACAUAACUACAAGGAACAAAGCAAAAAUCACUCUGAAUGCACCAGUGAUUCCAUUAUACUGAGAGCUACUACCAAGAUUUUGAGAGCUACUACCAAGAUUUAGUAGAAAAUGAAUAUAAGUACUGAAUAACACAUCUGUAUUACAUUAUGAUUUAGCUCAUCAAAAAACUCCUGAAAUUCAGAUUCUUCAUAAUGGUCUUAAGCCAAAACAUUACUAAAGAUACAUACAUUUUCCCUGUUUUGUAGAAAUAUCACAAAGACCAAGAGGCUACAGGAGGAAGAAAUUUGCGACUGUCUUUGCAACAAUUAAAUCAGGUAUCUAUUCUGGUGUAAAGAUAGGAUGUUGAAAGCUGCCCUGCUAUCACCAGUGUAGACAUUAAGAGUAGUACAAUACAUGUACACUGAAAUCUGCCAUCGCGUGUUUGUGAAAACUCAAUGUGCACAUUUUGUAUUUCAAACAGGAAAAAUAAAAGCAAAUAAAAUGUUUAUAACUCUC